UAUAUUUCAGUUUAAGGGGGUUCGUCGAACCCUUUUGAACAAGGCUGUCAGUUUCAAAUAAAAGCUAUAGCAACCCUGCUUUUUAGACAAAAAUAAAUUAUAAAAAGUUUUCUUUUAGAUACGCAAGGAACUAGAAGGUAAAGGAUCCUAACCUACUGUUUAGAAUGGCUGCCACACGUCGCCUGACCCGUGAGCUCUCGGACUUGAAUGAGGCCAAGAUGAGCACAUUGAGGAACCUGGAGAGCAGCGACGAGACCCUCCUCCUGUGGACGGGACUCCUCGUGCCGGAGAAGGCGCCCUACAACAAGGGUGCCUUCCGCAUCGAGAUCACCUUCCCACCGCAGUAUCCAUUCAUGCCGCCGAAGAUCCUAUUCAAGACAAAAAUCUAUCAUCCCAAUGUUGAUGAGAAGGGUGAGGUGUGCCUGCCGAUUAUCAAUUCUGACAACUGGAAGCCAACCACGCGAACGGAGGACGUAAUACAGGCACUGGUGGCCAUCAUUCACAAUCCAGAGCCAGAGCAUCCGCUGCGCUCCGAUUUGGCCGAGGAGUUUGUCAAGGAGCACAAGAAGUUCAUGAAGACAGCCGAGGAGUUCACCAAGAAGAACGCGGAAAAGCGACCAGAGUGAAGUCAACAAACUGGCAGUGCACAGAUCCCAUUCAAUGUACAUCAAAAUUUAAUACAGUUUAGACCUUGAAUUCAAA